CGCUCCCCGCGCCUUCCCACAGUACCCCGCGAUUGCAGCUAUGGAGGCCGGCAGGACCGCAGUGUUGCGCGUGAAGCGGAAGCGCAACGCGGAGCCCGCAGAGGCUCUCGUGCUGGCUUGUAAACGCCUCCGGAGCGGCGAGGUCGAGUCGUCUGCUCCGGAGGCGCCAGAGGAUCAGGAGACAGCGGCGGAGAGAAAUGUCUUCCAGUUGGUUGCUACCGUGCGGUCCCAGGAGGAGCCAAUCCAGCAGCUUGUGCGAGCUGCCCUGCGCCCAUCCCGGAGCAGCCAGCUGCGUAUCCGGCGCGAUCUUCGUGCUUCUGUUCGCGAGGUCCGUAAAGAGGGCCGCUACAGGGUAGUCUCCAGCCACCGAUCCUCAGGAACCUCUAACAGUUUGGAGCCUCAGUGUGUGUCAGAAGCUGUCAGGGACACUGGCUUCCAGUUGUUGGACCUGGUCCACGAGGAGGAAAACCCAGAGGCUGCUGUCACAGACUGCCGAAAAGCAUCUGAUCCAGAUGUGAUCCUCUGCAAUUCUGUAGAGUUGAUCCGUGAGAGGCUGACUGUAUCCGACGAUGGAUCCCAAGAACACCACGAGGAACCAAAGCCCAAUGAUGACUAUGUAUAUGACAUUUACUAUAUGGAGAUGGCCCCUCCGGGGUGGAUUGAGAACAUCCUGUCCGUGCAGCCCUACAGCCAGGAAUGGGAACUGGUGAAUGAUGAUGAGCAGUCAGAAGAUAUUUAUGAAGAUGAAGAUGAUGAAAACAGUGAAAAUAAUUGGCGCAAUGAGUACCCAGAUGAAGAAAGCAGUGAUGGAGAUGAAGAUUCCAGAGGCUCCGAUGAAUACAACAGCCUCAGCGAGGAAGAAAGUAGCUGCAGGCGACUGGUGUGGAACAAAUACCCUUCAGAUGUACAAAAGGAGUUUGGCUAUGAGAGCCCCCAUGAUGUGGAUUCAGAUUGAUGGCCUGCUGGUAUUUGUAAGAUUCUUCCACAGGCCUUUAAGGCUCUGACUGCAGAAUCACCAUCUUAGGAUUCCUAACUGAACAUGUGGAAAGAAAAACUUGCCCCAGCACAGUGAGGACUUCCACUGUAAGUGAUAAGUGAAGCCAAGCAUGCUGGGUCAUUGGAGAGUUUGGGAGCCUAGAAAAGCAGAGAAUGCAAGGCCAGCCUUUAGGCUACACAGUAAGUUUGAGGCCAGCCUGGGCAUUCUGUUUUUUUGUUUUUUUUAAAGAAAGCAAUCUUACAAUCUAGAAAAUAAAAUGAUAUAAAACCUCCA